CGUACAGAACGGCAAAACAAUCAACAAAAAAUCGCAAAAAUCGAAAAAUCUUGUAAAUUGUAAGUUUGUGCUCGAACAAGUAGCAGAUAAGGACAAGUUUAUGUGGUAAUUGUGACUGUCGCACGGGCAUCAUGGAAAACACGAAAGUCCUUUCCAGAUUUCAUCCCUUCCACGGUGCGAACAUCAUUUUGUGCGAGGACAAUACAGUGGCUUAUCGGAAAGCGAGUUUCGCCAACGCAUUGACAUUUUCCGAGCAACCCAUCAGACCAGGCGAACUCUUUUUGCUCGAAAUACAGGAGAACGAACGCGGAUGGAGCGGACAUAUUCGUUUGGGACUCACACAACUCGAUCCGAAACUCGCCGCCAACUCGGACAAAGUUCUUCCACAGUAUGCCUUGCCAGAUCUCGCGAAUCUCGGCACGAGUUGGGUGUAUCCCGUAUCAAAAUUCGCGGGACCUUCGAUGCACGAAAGUCAAAUUUUGGGCACAGGUAUGAUCGUUAAAACGUCUCGUGGGCCCGUGCCGAAGAGCAUGUUACGCCCGAGUAAUGGGAAUAGCGCGGAAAUUUUGUUGCCCACAGAUAUCGGAUCGCGAAUUGGCGUGAUUUUCGUACCUGUGCCGCACGACAUGGAAAAGGCACAAAUGCACUUUAUCAUAAAUGGCGUAGAUCAUGGGCCGUGCGUUUCGGAUAUUCCGUAUAACGAUACGCCGUUGCAUGCUGUCGUCGAUGUUUAUGGCACCACAAAACAAGUCAAGAUCAUUCAGUUGUAUGAAAUCUCUUCCCUGCAAAGCUACUGUCGUGAUGUAAUUCUUAGUAUGGUCAUGAAGGAACAAGUGACGCAUUUACCCUUGCCCGAGCGCUUAAAAGAAUAUCUGACGAUAAAUUGCAGUUAAGCAUCUCUAAAUAAUUUUAAGGACUUUCUUUCUCAUUCGGACUGCAAUCUCUUCGUUUCUGUAUUCCAUUUUUAUUAUAUUCUUAUUUAGGGUUUAGCAUAGGUCAUAUAUAUAUUUUUAUCUCGUGAACAUAAAAUAUAAAAAAAAAAUAUUAUUGUUAAAAAGUACUAACAACACUUAUUUUUUAGUAAUUGUUGCAAAA